ACGUAUCUGUUACGACAUCUUCCUCACUCUUCCCUCAGAAUACGGUGUCCACAUAAAUUCAAGUAUGGGCCAUGGAGUGUACAGUUUUGGUUAGCAGUACUGUUACAGUGUAUAGUGAUUGAAUGUGGCGAACCACAGACAUGUUCUCAGGAACAAACAGACCAAAGCUGCGCUGCACAAAUCAUGGCAGAUAGAGAAACUGUGAUAAAGGUAUUGGAUAACUUGUUGACAGUAUUCAACGACGAAAAAGCACAGAAGAGAGCGGAUAUAUUGAUUAACCCAUUCGAUGACGCCAUGACUCUUAUAAAGAGAAUCACUGAAUAUCUUCACGAAAAUGUAAAACAAGCUUUUGCGGAAAAUGGCUUUGUUGUGAGUGAAACAGGAGAUAAACAUUUUCUGGGAGAAGUUAGACGGUGGUAUGGCAAUGAUGCAGAAGUGAUGUCCUAUUUGGAUAAAGUAAUGCCUCAUGGCUCUAAGUCAAUUGAAGGAAGCAACAUGGUUGGUGACAUUGCCCCAGAUGUUAUGGUGGUAACCAUGGAUACCAUGACAACCAUUCCACUCUUCUCUUUACACAUCCACAAAAACAGACCUCUUUUAAUGGCCAUAGUUCACAGUGGCUCACUACAUCGUUUAUUCGGUGACUACAAGAAUAAAGUAGACUUUCUUUUCAUCUAUAUUACUGAAGCACAUCCUGCAGAUGGAUGGAGGAUGGGUUCAUAUUAUAGUUCAUUCAAUAACGCUGUAUGCAUUGAAGAACGUGCAGAGGCAGCAAGAAAAUUGAUAGAAGUUGACACAGAGUACAAAACAUUCACAACAGACCGCGAAAACACAGGGAAGAUUCCAAUUGUACUGGACAGCAUGAAUAACGAGUUCAACAAACAGUAUUAUGCACAACCAGACAGAGUCGUCAUCAUUGAAAAUGGUGUAUUCACGUACAUCGGACCUACUGUUUCUGAAAUAUUAUCAAAUGACCCUGAAAUGUUGCCAACUGAUGAUGUUCGAAACUGGUUACAAAAGCGAUUUUUAUAGUAAUUAGGGAGAUAGUAACGAUUAUUUUAAUUAUGGUCAGCACUUGAAAACGUAACUUAGGCGUUUACUGGUACUUACAGUACUGUUAGAUACAAAAAAACAAUAAUCUGCAUAGUAAUUUGCAACGUAGUCGCUGAUUAGCUACUCGCACUGUCAUUCA